AUGACCAUUGUCGUAUGGGCAGUGUUGUUGUCGUCGUACCUUGUGAGCGGGGACCAGUUGUGGGCACGAUGGUCCGAGUGGAGCGACUGUUCCGUGGAGGUGAGUACGGUAGAUUGUGUUACAGUACCUAGUGUGGGGAUGGAGUCCAGUUUCAGGUACGACGAUGUUUGAGUCCAAGAUGUCAGGGAGCGGUCAAAAGGUAUCGGGUGUGCAAGACUGAGGUGGGUUUUUCACUAUUUGGAUAUUAUACUACUAUGUUUGAUACAAAAAUCUUAAAUAAAAGAUAUUGUAUCAUUUGAAAGAGUGCAAUAUGAUACGAUAAGGCUGAAAAAUACAAUAUACAAAAACGUAAAGUUUACAGUAAAUUUUUGAAACUAAUGUAGUCAUUGAUUUCAGGAAUGUCUAGAAGACGACGACGUUGAGAAAGAAUGUCACAAGAGAGGAGCGUUACAUUUUGUAGCUGAUUCUAGUCACGCCGGAGUCUGGACUAGCUCUUUAGCUGUCGAUAGUGUAAGUAAUAUACUAACAUGAGUUUAAUAUUAUAUUUAAAAAUGAAUAAAAUAUUGGUUUUAAGCCUAUAACGGUUUUUUUACAAUUAAACUUGUUUUGGAGCUUCUAUCAAUGAAUUCUCAUCACUGAUAUUGCUUGUAAGAGAGUUCAGUGAAGUAUUAGAAGUCAGUUUAUUGUACCCAAAGUUUAAUAUUUUAGUGCCAAGCAAUAUGCAAAUCAUUAACGAAAAACGAGGUAUUCUUCUUGGACAGAACGUUGAGGAACGGCGCCAAAUGUCUUCGAUCAGAUGGACAGAACGGCGUUUGUCUGAGAGGAAAAUGUCAAGUAAGUCAGCGAGUUUUUGUUCUUCACAUGUGUUUAUAGAGUGUAAACAUUAUUAUACCGAACUUUUGUUUUACUGUACUUUCUAAGCAUUAUGAAUAACAACUUUUUAAACGUACUUUUGAGUACUUUAUUAGGCAUAUUACUAUUACACAAAGUGACUUCAGGCAAUUGGCUGUGAUAGAAUCAUAGGAUCCUCUGCCAAAGUAGAUCACUGCGGUAAUUGUGGAGGUGAUAGUAGAAACUGUAACAAAACCUUAUUUGUAUGGAAGGAAACUGGUCAGUUCAGUCCAUGUGAUCAGCACUGUGGGCCUAUAAGUAAGCAUUUUUGUUAUUACGGAUAGUGUGAUAUAUUUCUCCUGUUUUACUACUAUAGACUGGUCAAGUUUCAGUGCUUCCUAACUCCGAAAAUUCGCUUUUAUUGGAGGCAUAGAACUACUUGAACAACCUAAUGUAUUAUACGGUCAAAAAAUAUUUUAUUUUUUUAAAAAAUAUGCAGAAAUAUGUUUAAUUAUUUGUUAUGUUAUGUUUUAGUAUGAUUUUAAACUUACAGGACAUCAAGUGUCAGUUUCGAUAUGUAAAAAUUCAAAGAACGAUCGCAUCGUUCCUGAGAGAAUGUGCGCCGAUUUGGAACGGCCGCGACCUCGGGUCAGGAAGUGCCCUCCAACAUCGUGUCAGGCCAAGUAAGUCUGCUUUUUUUAUUAUUUACCGGUCGAAAAAUUUGGUUUUUUAAACGAAAAUUUCAUUUUUUGAAGCAAUGAAAUACAAUUUUUAGAUAUAAAAUACUGUGAUUUUUUUUAUUUAAAUUGAAAUUUCUUAUUCAAAAGAAAUAACCAAUCGUAUUUUACAAAUCUACAUUUUUUUUAAUUUAAAAACAAAAACUAACCUUUGAUUUGCGUAAUAAUAAGUAUUGUUCAGACCUGAACAUUCUUUGGAUUACACGUGAGUUGAGAAGGCCAUCGUGCCUCUCGCUUCGCUUUCUAUCCUUUGUAGCUUCCAAUUUGAAAAUUAAAACAUUGCCAAGUAAUUUUAGAUGUAAUAUACAUUGUCGCUGAACUUGGUUGCAGUUUCAUUUUGGCUUGGUUUAAUUUAAAAACAAUUUUUAAUUUGUAUUUAAUCUUAUUUAUAGUUUUGCCUGUUUUACUAUUUUUUUUGCUAAUGUCAAGUACAAUAACAUAUGUUUCCUUUCCUAAUGUACUGUAAACCCUUCCUUACUUUAUGUUUAGGGUCACAUCAAAAAUUUCUCACAAUAACAACUUAAAAAAUGAUUUUUUUUCGAAAAAACCGAAAAAAGUUGUUUGGCGAGAUAUUUUUGAUGACCCGAUAUUAAAAUGACAUCCAAGUUGUUACCAAAUGUUUUCAGUUGGACUACUGGCCCUUGGGGAUCGUGCUCGGCCUCGUGUGGUCGCGGGCAUCAAGUUCGCGCAGUUCAGUGCAUCGACUUGGCCAAUCCUGAUGGCCCAGCCAUCGAUGAACAUUAUUGUAUUGGUGUGAAACGACCGGUAGAUUUAUUGCAUUUUGUUUGUUAUAUACCACAUAAGUCAUGUUACAACAUAUCACACAUACAUUACACUUGAUCAUGUAAAAGUUGUGUAUUAUGAUUGUAUGUAUUGCGGGCUGCGUCCUUCCUGACGUCUGCCCUAGAUUGUAUACGUUAAUUUCAAUCUUUACCUUGAGGAUCCGCUUUGAUACGAUACAAAGUGUUUUUACAGUUACGCCAACGUCUCUGUGUUCAAAAUGAAUGCCCGAGGUGGUCCCCUGGUGAUUGGUCAACUUGUAUAUGUCAUCUAGGUAUCAAAGAAAGAGACGUAAGCUUAUAAUCGACCACAAUAUUACGUUUUAAGACUUUAUAACGAAGACACUUAUCGUCUUUACGCUACAACAUCUCUCAUCACUUCAACUUUCAGAUCGACUGCACUCAGAACGGAAUCAGAAUCACAGAAUCCGCUUGUACGGUGCGCGAUCGGCCCAAAAGUGUAAUGGAAUGCGAAUGCAGGCCAGAAGACCCGGCAUCUAAAGACAAGACAUCUGAAGGUCGAGAGUCAACGAGGUCAGUGCUGUCCCCUGAGGGCGCGGCAUCUCUCGAACGGCACUCGAGAGACGCCCCCCCCCCCCCCUUUCGGCCGCUUUACUUUUUGGUCAUUCCUUUCCUUCCGAUUCCCCUGAUUUAUACGGUAAAAGUGUUGCCGGGUACUGUAACAUGGGCCAGACCGUGCUUGUCUUGGCCCUGUUCGCUAAGGUUGUUCUAGCUGAUUACAAUGUUAAUCCGUAAGUUGUUGCAUAUAGUAGUCGAUGAUUAGGGUUGAUAUUGGAUUUUGUAUUAGUUUCGGCACAGUUAUGAAUACUCUGUAGUAUGAAAAAGAUUAUGGUACCUCUAGUAUCAGAUAGAGCAUGGUGUAUAUAACUGAGUUAUAGAUCAGCUGUUGUCUUAAUGAAACUUUAGCUAUGUUGAGAGUUUAAUGGAGUUAGCGAAGACCAAAGUAGCUUAACCAAUAGAAAUGUUGUAUAGGCCCUUAGGGGAUCGCGAGUUUUGUUCCAUUACAAGGGCAAGGGUCAAUAACAAGAUUACGAUUUGUAGUAAUAUAACAUUGAAAUGGCAUUAACUAUCUAUGUUGUUAUAGGUUUGCAAACUUAGUUUUUCAGUUUUUAAAUUUAAAAUUUGAUUUAAAAAAUUUUUAAUUUCAGUUUGAAAAUCGCGCUUUAGCACUGUGCAAAACAGAGAAAUGACGCUGCACUGUGCAGAAAUUAAGCUUUUGGCAAUAACUUUGUUUACAACGGCGCAAAACUGCUUUUUUAAAGAUUUUUAGGUAUUUGCAAGAAUAUUGUUUACAAAAAGUUAAAAAUGGCUAGGAUUUUUUUUGCUCGGUGCUAUUUUGGCCUAAUUUUUAGUGUUUAAAUUUUUUUUCUUUUUUAAAACCUUCAAAUCUAGUGCCAAAAAUCAUGAACUGAACUAAGUUCUCUACUGUCCUGGCCGCGAUCCCCCGUCCCUUAAAGUGCAAUUUGUUUUGGUGGCAUUUCGCCAACAAUAACACUCGUCACGAUGACAUAAUUAGUCCGCGAAUCGGGGAAUUUCCUUUAUUGCCCCCCCUCGACUAAUAAAUUGCCACUUUUGGCAUUAUUGUUUCUUCGAUGGCGCUUCAAACAUGAUAAAUGAUUGUUUAAUCCUCGGCAAAAUGAAAGCGCUAGUUAAGACGGCGGCCGACGGAAGGCUGGUUAAGAUGGCGGUUAAGACGCGAAAGGUUUAGUCAAGACGACAGCCAAAACAGAUGGGCAUUACACUCAUCAAACUGUACAUAAUCACAAAUGGCAGCAAAGUAAACAAAGGAAAUCCGGGCUUAUAAUUAGAGUGUUGUUACAGUAGACCGUGAUUGCUUGGCUUUGACUAUUAGGGGUGACAGUAACAAUUACUAACAAUGAAAAAUACAGUAAAUAAUGACAUUGUUUGAGGGGGGUGGGGGAGGGGUAAGAGGGAGAAACGGCAGGGACCAACGUUCAUUUAAGGCCGGCCCGUUUUCAUUUUUUUUCUCAGGCCGGACUAGCCCGGCGAAAAAAUUGUAAGCCCGGCCUUGGUCAAGCUUAAAAAAUAGGACUGGACCCAAAUUUUAGACCAGACCUAUUCAACUUUUGUUUGAAGCCGGCCCGGCCAAUUGUCAGGCCGAGCUGGGCCUACACGGCCAUUUCUCACAACUAGGUGGGGGGAGGGGUCCUUAAUUACACUAAACUUUCAAUUCAUUGUUAUAAUUUGAAUCUUAAAAGUUGAAAUUUAACCUUUUCAGGUUCGCCGAGGCAUCGCCAUUUCUGCAAUGGAAUGCCAACGAUGGCUUCAGCGGAGCUUCGGCCAGCGGUUUCACCUCUAACGAACUUUCAGCCAAACCUCAAACACGACCACAGUAAGUUUUAUACUUUUUUUGUUUCUUCAAUCAUAUACUGUUACCUAAAAAUGUUAUUUUUCCUAUUUAAACACUUGACAAUAGGUUUUUUACAACAUUGUUUUUAAAGGCUCACUUAUAUUUGAACAACAUAAUAUAAAAUUUUACUGUAUAAUGACUUUUCCAGCAACUUUCUGACCAAAGGUAUACUGGUUCUACCAAAAAAUGUCUUACAAAUCCUCUUUUUACAAUAACCUUGAUAUUAUUUUAGAUACAAGCCAGCCGAAUGGUCCGAAUGUUCCUCGAGUUGUGGACCAGGCUUCCAAACCCGGAAAGUCGAAUGUGUAGCCGAACAAGGAAUCACGGAGAGUCUGGCUACACUGCCCGACUUUGAAUGUAGCGGCCUUCAGAAGCCGAGCAUGUACCAGCCUUGCGAGAGGAAGGCUUGUUCACAAGAGGAGGAGAGAGCGGCCAAUGAAGUUGGGAAGGGACCAUUCAGGUGGGAGUACGGCGAGUGGGGCCCUUGCUCGGCUAGCUGUCUUGGAGGUAGGGUUCUGGAGACUUUUUUUAAAAUUUAUAACGAGUUUUAAGAUGAGGUUAUAAAGGUAUAGUAAUAUGUUCUUUAGGUAAACAAAAGUCGACCUUGAAGUGUCUGGAUAUGAGCAGAAACUUGGCCGUUCCCUGGUCAAACUGCCGUGCCAAACAACGACCGGUCGAUCUGACCAGAGCUUGUAAUACAGAUCCUUGUCCACCUACUUGGGAGGUAAGCUAUACUACAAUAUAAGUCAUAUACACAUGAUUAUUAUAUCAAUUUGUCAUUCAAAAAAUAUGUAUUAAGUCACAAAUUAUAUAAAAAGAUACCUAAAUAUUAAUUUCUGUACCUUAACUUACCUCAAUAUAACCAUUGGUUCCAGAGCGUUGAAUUCAGUGGAUGUUCCCACACUUGUGGAGGUGGCAUACGAUCCCGCAAAGUACGAUGUAUCAGAAAAGUAGCUAAUGGAGCGUCUCCAGAGAACGUGCUCAUCCUCCCUGAUGCUCAAUGCUAUCUACCCAAACCUCAAGACCAAGAACCGUGUGGUGUAGUAGAUUGUCCUUUCAACUGGAGAGUAGAGUCAUGGAGCCCUUGUUCCAAGAGCUGUGGUCAAGGAGAACAACAUCGAGUAGUUGUGUGUGAAAGGAGGGACGCUUCAGGCAAUGUCCACUCGUUCAAUCCACCAUUGCCUUGUGCUGGACUUCAACGACCUCCAACGCUACAGUUGUGCAACUUAGGUGGGUUUGGAGCUUAAAGUUAAUUUUAUAUUAAUAUAGGCAAAACUGACUUUGCUGUGUAGUUAUCUUCCAAAAUUAUUGUAAUGAUGAUUAUGAUACAUCAUGUUUGAGCGUGUUUUACAAAAAUAUUUUUUUCCAGAAAGCUGCGACAAAAACUACAAUCGCUACGACGUAGACGGCCUUCAGAAGGACGGUCCAGAUGACAAGAACAGAGUCAAGUCCAGAUUUGCGGCUACCUUUUCUUCGAAACCUUCAAACUUUGACCAAACUCAUCCUGGCCACAGAAGGCUGACCCUAAAUGUUGGAGGAUACGCUAACUUAUACGAAGGUACAUCAAUUAAAGUCAAGUGUCCGGUCAAGAACUUUGAGAAACAGAGAAUCUUCUGGACCAAGGAUGGACUCAAGGUGAAGAACUCAGGUGAGCUAUAUCAUGAAUAAUAUAAGUCAUCAACUUAACUAAUAUAAUAUUGUUAAUAAAAAUGUUACACUGGCUAAAGAAUAACAAUAUUAUCUGAUAUUGCACAGUGUAGCCAGUAUAACUAUAGUAUUCUUACUUUUCAGCUCACAUCAAAGUCUCUGGCAACGGUGCUCUCCGUAUCUUCCACGCUCGACUAGAAGACGCUGGCCUAUACGCUUGUGUAGCUGAUGGUGUACAAGGCAACGUUACUCUCAGAUUCAAAACAAGACCAGCCAAAGGCACCGUGAAGGCUUCAGAAGACCCAACGGAGCUGAAGUCAGCCAACGAUGUAGAUGAACAACUUCUUCAAGCUGUUCGAGACUCGUUGUACAAGUUGGGAGAACUGAAAGCCUAUGACAAAGUGAAACAGAUCCAUGAACCUGGCCUCCUGAAGGUGGACUACGAGGUCGGAGACUGGUCAGCGUGCACCCAGACCAAGUGUAAUGACAUCGAGGGGAGUCAGGUCAGGUUACUGAGGUGUAGGCUGAAGGUAGAAGGUGUGGUAGCCUAUGUCAAUGAAGAGAUAUGUGAUUCUUUUGCUGUCCAACGCCCUCAGGCUUCGAAAAGUUGUAGAAACGAGAAUUGUCCGAAGUGGGAGGCUUCUGACUGGAGCGAGGUGAGUUAUGUUAACAUUGAAGCUACAAUAUCAGUUCUUUUGGCAUUUUUUAUCAUUAUUAAUAGUUUUACUUUGUAGCUAAUCUUUAGAAAUAAGUUUUAGGUUAAUAGUGAAAUAAAAAAAUCAAAUUGUUACCUAAAAUUGUCCUUUUCAGUGCGGAAUAUCUCGGUGCUCUCGUGAUGGUAUAUCAAUAUCGAGAAGAGAUGUCAAAUGUGUGUAUCCGAACUCGACUGUAGCAGAUUCUAACUUCUGUGAACGAAAAACAAGGCCGAAGAUCAAGAAGGAAUGUCAAAAUUGUAAGAUUUUGGACAAAGUUCUGUUUAUUGUUUUCGUGGUGGGGCCUAAAAUGAAAUGGUAUGAAAAAUGGAAAAGAAAAUGUAGAAAGUAGAGAUAAAUACAAUAAUUUUAGUGAAUUGCACAGCUGAAUGGAAGACUUCUGUUUGGGGAAAAUGCAGUAAGAAGUGCGACGAUGGAGGUGUACAGGUAAGUAUAUUAACAUAACAUUUUAACAACAAUAUAACUUGACAUUUGAAGGCGAAAGAACAAAGACAACAAGAAGAACAAAUUGCUCAAUUAUAAAAGUUAUAUUUUCAGAUGAGAAUCCUGCGUUGCGUGUGGAAAGGCACCAAAAAGCCGGCUGGCCAUAACUGUGACCCCAGCCAACGACCGGCUGCCAUUCGAGCCUGUGCCGUGCCGGACUUGCCACCUUGUUAUCAACAAGCUGAUGCUCCAAGUAAUGCCGAAGUCUCUGUCUAUCACUCCUCAGCCCCUCAGGCGCUAGUCUCCGAAGGUCCUCUGGAUCUUGAAGUAGAGGGGAUCAGAGAGGCCAAGCCCAUCCCCUUGCCCAUACCUGCCUUUAAGGGCUGGGAACGGUGGAGGGGAUGGCGGGACUACAACGGACAGUUGCCGCAACAGUUGCGACGACUUGUUCACAAAAAGAUCUGA